GUCAUAGCUAACGGACCGAUAACAUGUCUUCCGUUUGAAGAAAGAGCUAGCAAGGAAGCAAAUUGUUUAAUGUUACUCACGAAGUUCAAAGGCGGAAAUGUCGCUACAGUGCAACACUCAAGCCGCUCAGUGUUACAGCCACAGCUACUGCUGAAGUAGAUAUUUUGUAGAAAGUGUUAUUCUUACAACGGAAUGAGCGAUACUUAUCGAGGAAGUCGACCAGCUGGCUAGCGAAAAAGUAGCUAGCUAGGCUGCUAGCUGUCGAUAGCACGGGAGUUCUUUGUUUUGUUUUUCAGGUGGAGGUCCUUGUAAACAUGAAGAUAAACUAGUUUCCGUUAACAUUUAACGUCAAUGUAGGAGGUUUAUAAUCAUGUACAUGGUCAUUUUAGCAGUGUGUAGUUGCACUGUAAGUUAAUGGUUUCUGGGAUAUUAGACAAAACUAAUAUUAGCCACCGAGAGCAACUUUAGCAACAAAGAGCUGAUUUUAACGUCGAGACGGGACUGGAGGCACGAAGAGAUGGGCAACUGUCUCAAGUCUCCGACAUCAGACGACAUUUCUCUUCUUCAUGAAUCCCAGUCAGACAGGGCGAGUUUCGGUGACGGGGCAGACCCGGACCUGGAGCCCCCUCCGCCGUACCAGGAGCAGGCUCACAUGCCAAUGUACCAUCCCACGCCCAGUCAGGCCCGUCUGGCCACCCAGCUGACAGAGGAGGAGCAGAUCCGCAUAGCUCAGCGCAUCGGCCUCAUCCAUCACCUCCCUAAGGGUGUUUAUGAUGGAGGGCAAGACGGCUCAGAGAAAAAGAUCAGAGAAUGCGUGAUCUGUAUGCUUGACUUUCUAUACGGAGACCCCAUCCGGUUCCUGCCGUGUAUGCACAUCUACCACAUGGACUGUAUAGACGACUGGCUGAUGAGAUCCUUCACUUGCCCCUCCUGCAUGGAGCCUGUGGAUGCUGCCCUGCUCUCCACCUACGAGACCUAAUUAUUUUUUUUUCCCCUCCUUCCCCAAACUUGGAUCAAACACGGUCCCUCCGGACUCAAACGCACCCAACCAAUAACUGCCCUCUUAUAGAGUGAAAGGAGCUAUAAAAAAAAAUGUCUUGGCUGUUUUCUUGCACUUGAAAAAAAUCCAAAUUUACUCACCUAAUGUUGGCCUUCCAUGCCCCCAGGUCUAAAUAAUAAGCUGGUCUUAAACAUCAGUUACACAGGUUUGUGUGUGUGCGUGUGUGUGUGUGAGAGAGAGAGAGAGAGAGAGAGAGCUGUUGGAUGACUGCAUUUCCGCUUGAGCUGGACUCAGUGGUGUUUCUCCCCAAAAUUCACCUUCAUUCUUAGUAAGUGGUCAUUAAAACUGAUAAUUAGGUUAACAGAUUAUUGAACACAAUGCUACAAGGUGUUUCUAGAAAUCUGUUGGCUUCAAUUUUAAGUUUUCUGUUGACUUCCUCAACAUAUGGAUCGAUCUCCUGAACAUGCUCUCGCAUUAAAAUGGCCCUACACUGGAGAUAUGGGAAUACAUGGCUGAAGUUUACACUGUUGGUGUUAGAUGAUAAAGAAGAAAUCACUCGUGUUUGUCGGGAGUACAAAAACAAUUAUGCACACACUGAACAGAAAUUACCCAAAUUUAAUAAGUACACUACGUUCACCUACAGGAGAUCAAAGCUUAAUGAUAUUCGGCCACUCCAAAUGGCCAGACUUUAAAGAAGAUGCUUUUGAGUUUAAGGGGAAAUGACAAUGUGUAAUGUGAAUGUUUCACCUGGCGGUGUGUAAAGUAGCUGGCAGCCAAUGUAAAGGGCUCAGUUGUGCAUGGGCAGGUGGAUCAGUCAAAAAAUUAGAAAUGCUUGCACACACUUUUCAUCUGAUCCAGAGAUUUGCACUUUACUUAUAGGACAGUAUCUAAACAAUAUAUUAAUAUAUGUACCUUAUAACCUUGCACUAUCGAUACUUCAUUCCUUUAUUUCCUGAGAUGCAAAAGUUGUAUAACUAAAAUGGUAUUUUCAAAGCUGUCAGUAGUCACUUAUCACAUUGAAGUAAGCCUAAAGAUGUAUUUCAUGAAAUCUGUGAUUCGGUAGUGUGAGCCUCCGCUUUGUUCUGCUUGACUUUUGAUUCUUGUGUUUUUUGUGUGUAAGUGAAGGGACAGAGGCUUGCUCCAGUUUAAAGAAGAAGUUUGAUAUUUUGGGAAAUACACUUAGCUGCUUUCUUAUCACGAGUUAAAUGAGAAGAUAUCAAUCUGAUUCUG